AUGGGUAGUAAAGGAAGUGAACUUGCAACCUCAGCCAUGUGGUAUAAGGAGAAAACUAAUCUGUGGCAUGACAAGAACCUGAGGGUGAAGGAGCUGCAAGUGGGACAGAGAGUUCUGUUGUUCCAGUCAAGACUCAAACUGAUGCCUGGGAAGCUGAAAUCAAAGUGGACGGGACCAUACGCCAUCGUUGUCCUCAGAACAAAUAUAGUAGUGGAGCUUCAGGGAUGUGACCCAAACUCUGCUCCUUUUAUGGUUAAUGGUCAUUGGGUGAAACCAUUUAGGGAUAACUCGGAAGUGCACACAGUGGACAAAAUUCCAAUGCGCACAACCGGUGUUCUCGCCUAA